AUGGCGACAUCACAACGCCGGCUUCACCUGCUGUCUCUUGACGGAGGCGGCAUUCGAGGCCUGUCUUCGAUCUCAAUUCUAAAGCACAUCAUGAAAGGCAUCAAUGCAGAUCGCCAAGUGGGAGAUAAACUUCAACCGUGGGAGGUUUUCGACAUGAUUGGCGGGACAAGCACCGGGGGCCUAAUUGCUGUAAUGAUUGGCCGAUUACGGAUGACUCUGGAUCAGUGUGAAGAGGCCUAUCUAGAUUUAGGCAAACGUAUAUUUCAACGGAAAUAUAAUCCUGUGGAUAUUCCACAUCGAAUAAAGAACUUUUGGGAUGCUGGAGAAAAGUUUAGUGGAGAAGAGCUAGAAGCAGCCAUCAAGGAGAUCAUCACUAAAGGGGGUCAUCUACCGGAAGACGCCACCCUCAAGGACGAUGAUCCUGCUUGUAAAGUUUUCGUUUGCACAGUUCAAGCCAGCGAUUCCAAGGCUCAUGCUCUGCGGUCUUACGAAACAAAAAUUUACGAUGCACAAUAUCCAGUCUGCAAAAUAUGGGAGGCUUGCCGAGCUACGUCCGCUGCGACAACAUUCUUCGACCCAAUCGAAAUUGGUUCAAAGAAAGUUAAGUACAUUGACGGAGGCAUCAAAAGCAACAAUCCAAUAAGCAUGGUCCAUUUCGAAGCAAGCAUAAUAUGGCCUAACAGAAUAAAUGAUGCUUUGGUUAUCAGUAUUGGUACUGGAAGCGCUCCAGGUCCCAAGUUUGAGGGCAACAUCAUUUCCAUUAUCAAAGCACUUCGAGAGAUAGUGACGGCGUCAGACGAUGCUGCGAACGCAUUUGAAGAUUCUCACGAAUCAAUGGCAAGGUCUGACCUGUACUUCCGCUUCACAGUACAUCAGAAGCUUGCAGAUAUCGGACUUGAAGAGUGGGAUGCAACAGGAGAUGUUGAGGCCGCGACCGCAUCUUACAUGACCCUCGCAGAAACUCGGCGAAAAUGUGACCGGUGUAUCCAGAAGAUAAUCGUGUUCUUGGAAUCGUUAUUGGGAAAAGAGAAUAUGGAUUAA